CGGGAUGGAGCCGGCCGGGAUGGAGCCGGCGGGGAUGGGCAUGGAACCAGCGGGGAUGGAGCCGGAGCCGGCGGGGAUGGGGACAGCGGGCACGGGGGUGGAACGGGCGGGGAUGGAGACGGCGGGGAUGGAGCCGGCUGGGACGGAGCCAGCCCGGGAGGCGGAGGAGCCCCCGGGGUCCCCGGCCUUGCCCGCCGAGCCCCGGCAGGCCGGGCCGCCCGGCGCGGCGGCCCCGGGGGAAGGGGCGCUGCCCGGCGCGAGCGGGCGGGAGCGGGAGCGGGGCCGGCGCGGGGCCGGCGCGGGGCAGGGCCCGGGCGGGCGGGCGGCGCGGGGCAGGGCCCGGCGGGCCCCGGGCCGGCGCGGCGGGGACGAGGGCAGCCGGCGGCCCGGGGUCACAGUGGACAGUUCCAAGGCCAAGACCUCGCUGGAGGCGCUGAAGAUCAGCCUGCGGCAGCUCCGCUGGAAGGAGUUUCCUUUUGGCCGCCGCUUGCCCUGCGAUAUCUACUGGCAUGGGGUGUCGUUUCAUGACAAUAAUAUCUUCUCAGGUCAAGUCAACAAGUUUCCAGGCAUGAUGGAGACAGUACGGAAAAUCACCCUGAGUCGGGCCAUGAGAACAAUGCAGGACCUGUUUCCUCUUGAGUAUAACUUCUACCCUCGGUCCUGGAUUCUGCCAGAAGAACUUCCCCUCUUUGUGGCUGAGGUCCGGGUGAUGAAGGACAGUGAUCCGUCCUGGAAGCCCACUUUUAUUGUGAAGCCUGAUGGAGGCUGCCAGGGGGAUGGAAUCUACCUCAUUAAGGACCCGAGUGACAUCAGGCUGACGGGAAGCAUCCAGAGCCGGCCAGCCGUGGUCCAGGAAUAUAUUUGCAAACCACUGCUCGUGGACAAACUGAAAUUUGAUAUUCGUCUUUAUGUCUUGCUGAAAUCCUUAGAACCCUUGGAGAUUUAUAUAGCCAAAGAUGGACUUUCUAGGUUUUGUACGGAGCCCUAUCAAGAACCCACUUUAAAAAAUUUGCACCAGGUUUUUAUGCACUUAACCAACUAUUCACUAAAUAUCCAUAGUGAGAAUUUCAUCCAUUCUGACAGUGUAAACACUGGCAGCAAGAGGACUUUUUCAAGCAUUCUGUGCAGACUGUCUUCCAGAGGAGCUGAUGUCAAAAAGCUCUGGUCAGAUAUAAUUUCACUGGUGAUUAAAACUAUUAUUGCACUGACUCCAGAACUGAAAGUUUACUAUCAGUCUGACAUCCCGUCAGGAAAGCCUGGGCCAACUUGCUUCCAGAUUUUAGGGUUUGACAUUCUCCUGAUGAAAAACUUGAAGCCCAUGUUACUAGAAGUAAAUGCAAACCCCAGCAUGAGAAUAGAACAUGAGCAAGAGCUUUCUCCUGGAGUGUUUGAGAAUGUCCCAAGCCCUGUUGAUGAAGAAGUGAAAGUUGCUGUCAUCAGAGACACUCUGCGCCUGGUGGACCCCCAGAAAAAAAAGAGGAAAGAUGCCCAGUGUCCGCGCUUGGAGCACGUGCCGGAAUCGAGCGAGUCGCUGCCGGAUGCGGUGCCGGCCGAGCGGCCGGAGCCGGACGGUCCCCGGAGCCCCGAGGCCGGACUGCCCUCCCUGUGCCUCAAGCAGGUGUUCCCCAAGUACGCCAAGCAGUUCAGUUACCUGCGGCUCGUGGACAGGGUGGCCGCGCUCUUCAUCCGCUUCCUGGGGGUCAAAGGCACGACCAAGCUGGGGCCGACGGGAUUCCGGACCUUUAUAAGAAACUGCAAACUGAGUAACAGCAAUUUUUCAAUGGCUGCUGUAGAUAUCCUAUACAUUGAUAUCACAAGGAGGUGGAACAGCAUGGGAAUUGACCACAAAGAAUCAGGUAACACAGGAAUGUGUCUGCAGGCCUUUGUGGAAGCUUUCUUCUGCCUGGCUCAGAAGAAGUACAAGUCCCUCCCCCUGCACGAGCAGGUGCUGUCGCUGAUCGAGUUCUGUGAGUGUCACUUGGCUGCCCUGGACGAGAAGCGCCUGCUGUGGGGCUGGGGGGUCCCGGAGCGCCGGGGGCACGGGGGGGCCCUGCCAGGCCGAGGGGCUGCACCUCAGCCCAGCUGCUCCAGCCCUCCUGAACCGCACGGCCACGGCCUCCAAACUGGCAGAUUAUAGAACCCAGCGCAAUUAGGCGGGACAGGACUGGGAGUUCCCUCCCAGCUGUGUCCCUGAACUGCUGGGGGAGACACAGGCACUGAAUUCCUCCAUCUGAGAGUCACAGCUGUUUAUUUCAGCUGGUUUUUAUUUAUGGUCUUCGAAAAGUCUUCUGCAGGCUGCCAUUCUCAGAUAAUGACCUUGGCAAUGGCUGUUUCUUGACCUGUCUGUGGGUGCCCCUCCCGUGACACGCUGUGCUUUCCUCCUGAGUGCGUGGAAACCAGGCAGGAAGGGGAGGACCAAAACACCAGAGGAGAACCAACACCGUGGGAUUGGCUGCACUGGUGGAGAGGCACGCUCGUGUCAAAGGAAUUACAUUGCUUUGGGAG